AUGCAUGAAAGAACUUACACAGGAGAAAAACUCUUUGCAUGUAAAAAAUGUGGUAAAUCACUCAGUUUUCUCAGUUUUCUUCAAACACAUAAAAGGACUUACACUGGAGAAAAUCCCUAUGAAUGUAAAAAAUGUGGCAAAGCCUUCAGAUACCCCAGGUCCCUUUGUAAACAUGAAAGAAUUCAUACUGGCGAAAAACCCUAUAAGUACAUGAAAGGACACACACUGAAGAGAAACCCUAUGAACGUAAGAAAUGUGGUAAUGCCUUUAGAUGUUGUAGUUCCCUUAGAAAACAUGAAAGAACUCAUCCUGAAGAAUGAAUUACAUGAAAGAACUCACACCAGAAAGAAACCCUAUGAAUAUAAGGAAAGUGGUAAAGCCUCUAGCUGUCAUAGUUCCCUUAGAAAACAUGAAAGAACUCGUGCUGAAGAGAAACCCUAUGAAUGUGGUCCUGAAGAACUGAAGGAAGCCAAAGCGCUGCACAAACAGUGCUGGGAUUUGGAACGCCGGCAGAGGAAGCGCGAGAGCGCUGCACAGCACGGGACGCCAGCGACCGUCACGCUGCUUCCCUCAUCCACGCUCUGCAUAAUCCUGUGUGUACUCUGGAAACGGCGCACCCGACACGGAGCGGGGCCCGCAGGCCCCCAGCCCUGCACCCGCCGCAAGGCUUCCGGGGCGAGAUUGCCUCCGCCGAGUCCCCCUAAGUGGCCGGCCUCAAACUCGUCUCACGGCCCCGAGGCCAAGAGCCGCCCCUCCUUCCUCUCUGCAGCGACCGCUGCCCCAGGCGCUCCCGGCUCGGGCCCCCUCACUGCUCGGCGUCCUCCAGCCGGCGCCAGGGACCUCGGUGCAGAGCGCGGGAAGCGCGACCCGCGCCUGCCACACUCGCCCACAGCAGUAUUUCUGUAG